AUGGCCGAAUGCGCUGCGACCCAAUCUGACCAUGGCUACAGUCGCAGCUUUCGUUUUCCUCUCCUACGGCACAUGGGCAACCGCAUUCUGGGACGCUGUGGAGCACAUCAGGAGCAGAACAAGAGUGCGCCGAAUAGCCCUCGUACUGUUCUUCCCGACCACAAUGACGAUGACAAUGUCAGUCACGACGGAAAUCACACGCUGAAUUUGCGGCUCGGCAGCAAGGAUUCAUCAGGACCCCCCUCGCAUACUGAGAGCGUGCACGAUCUAUCCAAAUCCUCAAGCUGUACCGGCGAGUCAGGCAUCAAGCAACGACUCAAGAUGCCUCUGCUACGCGCUGUGGCUGCGGAUCUGCCGCUCCGGCUGGCAAGUGCAGUGACGAUCGCAAAGCAACCACAGCGAGAUAGCCCCGAGGGCAGCGGUUCCGGACGAUCGCUUCCACUGCCGCUCCUCGUGGUCUCGACGCUUUCUGCCAUCUUUGCGUCCGUGUUCUCGGUCUACCUCAUCUGGAAGCAGCUCAAAAACUAUCGCAAACCCACCUUGCAGCGCUAUGUAGUACGUCUGUUGCUCAUGGUACCCAUCUACUCGAUCGCCUCCGUCAUCUCUCUCUACUCGCUCCAGCUCGCCGACAUCAUCGACCUCAUUCGCGAUCUCUACGAAGCCUUUGUCAUCUACUGCUUCUUCAACCUGCUCAUUGAGUACCUCGGCGGCGAACGAAGCCUCAUCGUCCUCCUUCACGGAAGGCGACCUCAGGAACAUCUCUUCCCGGCCAACCUCUUCCUGAAAGACAUGGACGCCUCGGACCCGUACACCUUUCUCGCGCUCAAACGCGGUGUGCUUCAAUACGUCCAGGUCAAACCCGUCCUCGCAGUCGCCACACUCAUUCUCAAAGCAGCCGGAAAGUACGAAGAGGGAAAAAUCUCCCCGACCAACGGCUACACCUGGGUCUCCUUCACCUACAACGUCUCGGUCUUCCUCUCGCUCUACUGCCUCGGCAUGUUCUGGAAGUGUCUCAACGACGAUCUCAAGCCAUUCCGCGUCACCUCCAAGUUUCUCUGCGUCAAAGGCAUCAUCUUCUUCUCCUUCUGGCAGGGUCUUGGCAUCUCCAUCCUCGUAGCUGCAGGUCUAGUCAAGAAGGUAGGACCCGUGUACGAUCCGGACUACAUCUCCAUGGCGAUCCAGGAUUUCAUGAUCUGCUUGGAGAUGCCCAUCUUCGCAUUGGGUCACGCGUGGGCUUUUUCGCACACGGACUAUAUCGAUCCCUUCGCGCAUUACGCUGCGAGGUUGCCGGUGUACUACGCGCUGAGGGAUUGCAUUGGGAUGUACGAUGUGUUUUCGGACAGCUUGACUACGGUGAGGGGUACCGGGUACGUGUAUCAGACUUUCGAGCCGAGCGAAGGUGUGAUCCAUCAGCCGCUGGCAAGGGAGAGGAGGAGCAAGGCCGGAUUGAGGUAUACGCAGGGUGGAAAGGGCAAAUACUGGUUGCCGCAGAGGGGGACGGGUGAUAUUAGAGAUGCGACCAGAGGUGCACGCCAUCAAGGUCCGUUGAAGAAGCUGAGACGGUACAUCAACGAUAAACGUAUGCAGCUCGAAGGACAUGCUCCUCUAACACCGGGGGAGGCAGACGAGAUUGUCCACGACGAUCCAGACCUCGCGCAGGAAGAAGGUAGUUCGGAACGCAGUCCGUUGCUAAGGCACCCCAAACACGCAGCUCAAAGUGCGGUGAGACAUGCAGGCGAGGGAUUGGACUUCUUCGCCGAACGGCGUCUGGAUUCGGACGAAGAAGCAGAAGAUCUCAAGUUUGACGAUCCGGACGAAGAGGAGGAGGACGCGUAUCAAAAGUCGCGCACGCUUCAUUUCGGCGAUUAUGCCUAUCCGAACAUCGACAUCAAUCGAGAAGAGGCAAGGAAUUCGAGGUGGCAGCAAGACGAUGAGAUCGUGCAUAGGAAGAGGAGGAAAGGCACGAUUUCGAAGAAGGAUGAGGCCAAGGAUGGGAAGCGAAAGGGCAGGCAAGCAGAAGAGGUCGAUGAUGGGGCGGCGGUUGGUAGCAGCAAAAAGCAGACGCAGACAGAGGGCGACCGCGAAGGUGCUGCAAAGGGCAAAGCUAAGAAGAAAGGUGAGGAUGUCGUGGCAAGUGCAAAGCCAUCGUCCGGCAAGAAGGACGCCAAGCAGUCAUCUCCGACUGGCGACGACCGCAAGUCCAGAUCUCCAUGGCUUGCAUGGGAUCGAGAAGCCGGCGGCUCCCCAGACUCGACUAAGCGCGCAUCCAUCGCCGACGUUUCCAACACCCAUCAAGACGACACAGCCAAGUCAACUGAACCCAAACUCGACUCCAAGGAUCCCGAAGACAAGUCCGAAGACUCUGAUCCAUACGGAGCCGUCGACCUCGUAAUUGAAGACUACAAGGCGGAAGAACGUGAGCGACUGCUCGAACGUCGGCGCGGCGAUCCAGCGCUCCGCGCAGGCAAAGGCACGCGCAUCUUCCGCAAGCAGUACACGCCUACCGGAUCCGGUGCUUCAACGCCUGCCGCCGAAAAGAAGUUCACCAAUCAGAAGGUGAUCGAGCGAGCCGGGACGCCCAAUACACCGCUCAACCCUCCGAGCUCCACCGCUGCUGCCGUCACUGUCAAGUCGCCGGGCGAGCAGAGUGGUUCGAGCAAAGAUAAGAAGGUGAAAGUGGAGCUGGAGGAUGCGACUCAGAAUGGGCAGGUGGGAAGGAAGGAGGUGGACGGUAGUGGUGGGGGAAAUGGGGCUGUGCUGGUGAGUAGGGAGAUCGACGUGCAGGAGAAUGAGGACUUUUUGAACGGAAAACUGCUCUCGCCUGAAACGCAGGUUAUGCACGAGGAUGACGGGCAGAAUCCUUGGUCGUGA